AUGGACAAGUUCGCAGCCACGGAGGGCACCGAGCCGCACGAUAGCUACUCGCGGAUGGAGCCGUUUUCGCCGACCGAGACGGCGAUCGAGCGGGACCUCCGGCUCCGCAUCAGGGACUUCUACCGAACCAGCGACAACAAGGAACUGAACGACCGGUGGCUGGAAUUCUUCACGCCGGACGCGAAAGUCAAGAUCGGGCCGCAGGAGGGCGAGAAGCGUGAGAACCUCCGGCAGCUGCGGACGGACAUGUGGAGUCCCGUCGCGGCGAGGAAGCACUGGAUCACGAGCGCGAUCGGAUCAGCUACCGAACAGGGUGUGCACGUCAUGUUGAGGGGCGGCGUCAAGCGGAAGGGGCUGGACGGGAGCGAGAACGCGUUUAGCUGGGCUGGCAGUGCGGCGUGGAAGAAGCACGACGGUGAAUGGCGGAUGGAGGAUUAUCGGGUCUGGCUGGACCAGUGGGCUCCGAUUGAGGGGCCGUUGCCUCCAGAGUCGAUCAUUUGA